GUCAACGAGCAACGAGACACUUGUCAACAAAGCUGCAUGUAAAAGCGCCUUUUCCGAAGGGUGUCGUAGGAACAACAUGGCGUCGCUGUCGGUAAAGCUCGUUCCUUCCGCGUGCUUGGGCCUUGGUAAGUUGCCUGCUGGCCCCCUACCACAUUCUACUUACGUCAGCUCCUGGCCCGCCGUGCCCUUAUCUCCCGUUCAUCCCAAUGUUUUGGUUACCCGGCGCGCUGCUGGGUUGCAAGUGCAGGCGGGCGGCAAGAAGCAUGCUGGCAAGAAGGCGAAGAAAGCCUCUCACCAGAAUCUCGAGCAUGAAUCAAGCUCGGAAGCAGAGCAACCCAAGAAGGAUGGAGCACCCACCACAGGGAGCUCGUUUCAGUUGCCAGCACCAGAAGGACAGGAUGCAGUGACUGUUGUGCCAAUCUCUCAAAUGAAAAAGGUGUCUCAGCAGUCCCUUCAGGCCCUGGCGGUCGGGUGCAUUGCGGAGAUGCACGCAGCAAGCAAGGAGCAGGUGGACAACAGUGGGGACGGAAGGGACGAGGAGGUGAUUCACCAGAUGCGCGUUGCCCUGCGCAGGCUGCGCAGCGUUGUGGAUGCAUUUGCAGACUUGCUGAGUCUGCCCCCAGCUGCUCAGCGGAAGUCCAUCACGCGCAUCCUUAAGGCUCUCGGUCGCCUGCGGGACGCCGAUGUUAUGCAAGAGACUCUGGACAGCGUGCUGGAGCGUGCCGGCGAGCUGCCCCCCGAGGAGAGCGCGGUGGUGGAGGCCGUGCGUGCCGACAUGCUGGCGGUGCGCGAGGAGGCCAUCGCCGAGGUGGCCACGCUGCUCAGGGGGCGCCACACACGCGACCUUAUGAAGGCCAACCAGGCUUGGUUGGCUCAGCCGCGCUUCCGCAAGGGCACUGCCGGCCUCGUGUCGCAGCGCGCCGGCGCCGUGGGCCCUGCGCUCGCGGUGCAGAGGGUGGCCGCCGUCUUCAAGCACCCCGCCUGGAGCAUCGAUGAGAUCAGCAGCAGCGGCGAGGCUGGCAGCACAGCCUCGGAAGACGCGCCCGCAGUGAGCAGCCUGGACAGCCAGCAGUGCGCGAUCAUGCACGACCUGCGCAAGAAGAUCCGGGAGCUGCGGUACAUGCUGGAGCUGCUGGCGCCCGUGUACAGCAAGGCCAAGGAGUACAAGAAGGCGCUGCAGCAAAUCGUCAAGUGCCAGUCGCUCCUCGGGGACCUCCAGGACCUGGAGGUGCUGUCGCAGUUCAUUGGGGCGCGCCUGCCCCGCCUGCCGCGCUACGCUGCCGCCAUGGCCGCUGCGCACCAGCACACCUGGCAGCGCUGGCUCGAGACACGGGCACCACUGCUCACGACGAGCGGGCGGGCUGCGGUUUACGAGGCCGUGCUGUGGCCCAACGGCAAGAACGCGUCCGACGUGGUGGCCGACAGCGACGAGGAGGUCCUCACCGACGACGACGCCUCCGCCGCAAAGAAGACCAGCACGGGCAGCCCGCACAACGGGGUCGGCGCACCGCUGCAGCCGGCCGUCACAGAGCUCAAGACUUAAGAGGCAGCGGGGGCAGUGGCAUGGGAGCUGGGCGGGGCAGUGCCAUUGACAAGGUCGAGCGGAAGGUGUUAACGAGUUGUGUAUAUGAUCGUGGAUUGGAGAAGGUCAAGACUUAACCAACAUGGAGACAGGCUAGCAUAGGCCAGGCGUGAUCGCGCAACUCGUUUAAUCGUGAUACAGUAGAUAGGGCUAGGGAGUAGAAAAGGCAUAAGGAACGGAGCUUAGUGGGAAAGUAAGGCGAAUUAGCACCUUGCAGGAUGUAGCUUCAGGAUCGUAGUGAAUUGGGUAGCGCAAUGUAAAAGUUUAGGGUGAGCUUGUAGAGUAAGGUGCUUAGUCUAGACCAUUAGGUAGUGGAAAGCAGUAGCUGAUUGUCCAUUGCCAGUUGUAUGCGUACUUUGUAGUCGUACUUUCACCAUUAGAAAUCAAGUGCUUCGAAGGUCUAACAAUCAACAACUAGGUGGAAUUAGAGAGCGUCACCAUUACGUACGAUUAGUUCGUUAUUACUUAAGAGUCACCAGGGCCGAUUGACCUAGUCGUGAACUUGGUCCAUUGUAAACAUUUGUAAUCAUGCCACAUGAGAACGUACUUUUCUGGCAACGAUCGGAUGAUCCUGGACUUGUGCUGAAGAGCCUGGCUGUUUAAGUCGCAACAGUACA